AUGGCCGAGAAAGUAUACGGUGACCUACUAAAACUAUAUGAAACGGGGAAGAGUCUUGGCUACCAAAGAGAAGAAUUGGACGAGUGGGUUGCUAAAAUCAUAAAACAGAAUGAGGAGAGAGAUGCUAGAAUGGAAGAGAGGAAAGAAAGAGAAGAAGAAAGGAAAGAAAAGGCGAAAGUAGAAGAAGAAAAGGCGAAAAUAGAAGAACGGAAGAUGGCAAUGCAGGAAGAAGAGAUGAGAUUUAAAUGGAAACUAGAAGAGGACCAAGUAGCGGCCAAAAUAAAAAGAGACGACGAGGAAUCGAAGGCCAAAAUUGCCGCAAUCGAAAAAGAGAGUAAAGCAAAGGAUGAAGAGGAGCAGGAAAAUAGGAACACGAGGAAAAGAAAUACGCCCCAAACAAAGAGACAAAAAUUCGUGGAAGGCACGGAUAAGAUGGAUGCAUUUAUCAACAGAUUUGAAAUGCUGAUGAAACUUGAAAAGGAACCACAACACGAAUGGGCUAUACAACUUCUCAGUUUGGUCGGAGGAAAGGCCCUCGAUGCACUACAAGUCCUAAGCGAUGACGAGGUAGCAAACUAUGCCAUCCUCAAGAAAACAUUACUUGAUUUUUAUCAAUACAGCGAAGACGACUACCGACAGAAGUUUCAUGAGCUAAAACCACCAUCAGACGGCAACAUGAAGCAAUUUGUUUCUGAUGUGAAAAUAACGUUCGAAAAAUGGGUUCAAGCGUCUGGGAUUGAAGAAUCCUUCGAGAGUCUGAAGCAGUUUAUCAUCGUGGACAAAAUCAUAUCAACAGCUGGGAAGCAUUUGUUUGCUUUCCUACAGGAAAGAAAACCGAGAAGUGUGGAGACCGUUAUGGAACUGUGUCAAACUUAUGUAGCAGCACAUCCGGGCGAAAUACUACAAAAGGUUGAAAACAGUGAAGAAAUCGAAUUUGCCGCCACAACAGUCCCUACGGCAGCACGAUUUACAAAGAAAGAAACAGCACAGCAACGUAGUCCACCACAAGACAGAAAUAUACAGAGAUAUACAGAGAGAGAACAAAAUGAUUAUAGACCAAAUCAGUCAUCGGCCCAGAGAAAUGAAGUGAGAUGCUACAACUGUGGGAGAAUGGGGCACAUAGCGAAGUAUUGUCGAGAUACCCGGAGAACAGAAUACUACAAGAACGAUAUUGUAGCCCAUGUUGGAGGCUUGGCGGAUAGCCUUUCACCGUACGUUUGUCCAGCUAUAGCAAAUGGCUAUCAUACCCACGCCCUGCGCGAUACUGGGGCCACCAAAUGUGUACUCUUAGCUAAACUUGUGAGACCUCACCAGUACACUAAGAGACAAUGCAGAGUACAAGGUUUCGUAGGGCAAAUAAAGAGCUACCCAACAGCUAUAGUACACAUUAACUCUCCGUAUUUCAAUAAAAAGGUUGAAGCUAUAGUUGUUGAGAAUGGUCCAUUCGAAGUGGUGAUAGGGAAUGUACCAAAUAUAGAGUGUCCCAGUGAGGCUCAGAUCGACAGAUGGAAACAAUUUUUUAACUGGGAGCCAACACAAGAAGCUGAUGACAUCGACCAAUCAGCAACAACUGAAUUUCAAGGGAAACCACAAAUGAGACAAGACUACGAUCCUACAGACGAAGAAAACAGUAGUCCAACAAUUCCUUUAGAAACGAUACAACAAGUUGAAGACAGACAACAAAAACUAAAACCAGAACAAGAAAGUUUUGAUCAUGUUGGCAGUAACGAAAAUAAGGAAAAACGGAAUUUGACGUCGUCGAAGAAGAGAAACGAAAGGAAACAGCAAACGUAA